AUGUCGGGCAUGCAGGGAAGAAGAGGGUUUCUAAAGAAACUCAAAUUCAACCCUACAAUGAUCAACACUUUGAAACAAGGCUUAGUCUUUCAUCAGCACAUUGUCUCCAACCAAAACUGCAAAACAAACAUCGUCGAUGUCAAAGAUCGAAAAGACGACGAAUUCAACGUCGAACAUCCGUGUUUGACGGAUUUCGAAGAGAAAAGUCCGCCAGACGGCAAGAACGCGGUCGUUUUCUAUACGACGAGCUUACGAGGGAUCCGUAAAACAUUCGAAGACUGCAGCAGAAUAAGGUUUCAUUUGGACAGUUUCAAGGUAUCAGUCCAAGAGAGAGAUGUUUCAAUGGACAAGGGCUUCAGGGAAGAGUUGUGA